UCAUCUUUUCAUAUCUUAUUUCUCUUCUUUAUUCUUUGUAUUUCUUGUUCUUCCCCUCAGAUCUAGGUUACUAUCAUGGCUUCCGCCGAUGUCGAGUUCCGUUGCUUCGUUGGCGGCCUGGCUUGGGCUACCACUGACCUUACCUUGGAGCAGGCGUUCAGCGCCUACGGCGAUGUCCUUGAAUCGAAGAUCAUCAAUGAUCGUGAGACAGGUAGAUCCAGAGGUUUCGGAUUCGUUACCUUCCGUGAUGAGAAGGCGAUGAGGGACGCUAUCGAAGGGAUGAACGGUCAGAAUCUCGACGGACGUAACAUCACCGUGAACGAAGCUCAAUCACGCGGAAGCGGUGGCGGUGGUGGAGGCGGCGGCGGUUACGGCCGCAAUGCAGGUGGAUAUGGCGGUGGUGGACGCCGUGAAGGUGGAGGCGGUGGUUAUAACCGUGGAUACAGCGGCGGUGGUGGUGGAUACGGCGGCGGUGGUGGUCGCCGUGAUGGGGGUGGAUAUGGAGAUGGCGGAUCUAGGUACUCAAGAGGUGGUGGAGCCUCCGAGGGUAGCUGGAGGAGCUAGAUUUAGGUUUAAGAGUUCGCGAGUUCUGUGUUUGAUUUAGUUUGGCUAUUAUGGUUUUCGAUCGGUUUCGUGCUGUUUUUGAUCUCUGGUUCUGUUACUCUUGUUACUAAAAAUUAAAUGGAAAUGAAGUAUACUUCCUUUUCAA